AUGCACCUCUCCCAGCUGAUCGCCUGUGCCCUGCUGCUCACGCUACUCUCACUCCGGUCCUCCGAAGCCAAGCCCGGGACGCCACCGAAGGUCCCGCGAACCCCUCCUGGGGAGGAGCUAGCGGAGCCCCAGGCAGCUGGUGGCAAUCAGAAAAAGGGUGACAAGACUCCAGGCGGCGGGGGCGCCAAUCUCAAGGGAGACCGAUCGCGACUGCUCCGGGACCUGCGUGUGGACACCAAGUCCCGGGCUGCUUGGGCCCGCCUUCUGCACGAGCACCCCAACGCGCGCAAAUACAAAGGCGGCAACAAGAAGGGCUUGUCCAAAGGCUGCUUUGGCCUCAAGCUGGACCGGAUCGGCUCCAUGAGCGGUCUGGGAUGUUAG